GAAUGAACGAGUAAACGCAGAAAUGUUAUCCGCAGAAGCCUGAGAAAUCUUUUUACAGCUAUUAGCUGUAGUACAAUUUAUAUGGCCUGUGGAAAACACCUAUAGGUCUAUAUAGUCCUGUACCUCUCUACUCCACUGCUGUAUUCACACGUGUGUGUGUGUGAGACUGUGUUGGGAUCUUGUAUUAAAGCUAAAAAGGAAAUUAUAAGCUUAUAUCCAUUAGUAUCGGAGAGAACAUGCACUGCACCUGGUUGGUGCUGCUACUGACCCUAGCUACUGUUACCAGGAGUGAGCACUAUCACAUUGUGCCAGUGGAUUCAACCGACUCGUGUAAUGACUAUCGAAAUGGAACUUGUUUCACUCUCGAGCAGCUUGUUCAAACAGACCUGUUGUCUGGUGGAGACAAUCUCACCUUGAGCUUUCUACCUGGAGAUAAUUUAUUGAGUGAAAUCCUUUACAUUUGUAAUUUCACAGAGGUGAUUAUUGCUGGCCAAAAUGCCACCAUCAGUUUGAACAAUUCUGGUAGAGUGCAGUUAUCUAAUAUCAGUGCAUUGAGUAUUGAAGGUUUGCAUUUCACUGGAGCAGGUGAUGAAAGUAGUUCAGGCUACAUGAACAUUUCUCAAUGCUAUUUGGUAGACUUGAAAUUGCUAAAGUUGGAAGCUUGUACACUCUGGAUCACUCGUACGGUAACUGUGACGAUUGAACAAGUUCUCUUUGUGAACAACACUAGCACUGACAGAGCAUUGAUGGUUGAAGCUGAUAAUGUGUACAUUGAAAAGAGCGACUUCUUCAGUAACGAUGGUGGUGCAGCUUACAUUCACUCAAAUCAAACUGUUAUUAACGAUUCAAGAUUCAAUUCCAAUACUGCUACAAUGGGGGGAGCAGUGUUUGUGGUCUCUGCAAGUGUGACUAUCAGUUGGUGCAACUUUACAAAUAAUAUCGCUAAUGUAAGAGGUGGAGCAAUUAGUACUUCUAUAUAUUUGGCAGUUAAUGUUUCAAUCAGUUUCUGUAACUUUAUGGAUAAUAUUGCUGAAUAUGGUGGAGCAAUUUUCACCUUCAUAAUUAAUUUGACCAUAUACAACUGUGCGCUACUAAACAAUAGUGCUAUUUUUGGCGGUGCAGUAAUUUUUAUCCAGGAUGGGAGUGUCUCAAUCUUCGACAGUGAGCUAGCGUACAACAGUGCUGAAAGAUCAGGUGGAGCGAUUUUGGUUUUUGGUGGAGAGUUACUAAUAUCAGAUAGCAAGUUAACAAACAACAAGGCAGCCUCUGGUGGAGCGAUUGCACUUUUCAUAGCUAAUGCAUCUAUCUUGAGCUGCAAUAUAACAGACAAUGAAGCUGUAGUUGAUAAUGGAGAAACUAGCGCUGGUGGAGUGAUUUUGGUAUAUACUGGAACUAUAUUCGUUUCCAAAGUCAUGUUUAAAAAUAACAGUGCUGACUUUGGUGGAGUGUUUUUUGUUGCUGAUGGCACUGUGAUCAUUUCCGACUCUCUGCUCACAAACAACAGAGCCACUCAACGAGAUGGAGUGAUUGCGGUUUUUAUCUCAAGUUUGAUAAUUACUAAUACAAGCAUAUUUGACAAUUUAGAGGGUGAAAAUAUCAUUUACGCAGUGCAUUCUAACUUGUCAUUUACGGGAGUUAACAACGUUAGCAAUAAUAUAAACCCUGUGUAUGCUCUAAGCAGUCGAGUGGAGUUCAAUGGACCCACAACUCUCAGUAACAAUCGUGGUGUGCAGGGUGGAGCCAUCAGAGCAGUCCAGAGUCAAAUCUAUAUCAAUGCAGAAGGAGUGGUCAUUUCUAACAAUACUGCUACCUUUGGAGGAGGUGUGUUUCUGAGAGAGAGCACACUCUUUGUUCACUAUCGCAUAGAGAUUUCUCACAACACAGCACGAAAUGGUGGUGGGAUUUAUGCAUACUCAAGCGAAAUUGAAUUUGAUUCGAAGGUCACUACUGCUUAUGGUUGUAUAUUUAAUCAUAACUUUGUCCUGUGUACAUGUAGUGACGUGGAAGAUAUACUGUUUGAGAGUAUUAUAGAUCGAAAUGAUGCUCAAAAUGGGGGAGGUAUUUAUGCAGUUGCUUCAAACAUCAAGGCCUUUUCUCACGCUCACAUCCACAUACAGUCAAACUCAGCAAACAACAGCGGAGGUGGAAUUUAUUUAUGACAAA